AUGAUGGCAUCCGUUUUCGGUCUCUUGGUCAUGUCACUGGCGACGGCCUCAGCCAUCACCAUCGAUACUCUGGGCCUUGAUCAUACGACUCUCUUUGUCUCAAAUAUGCUCUCUUCACAGAAGCCUAUCCGCUAUACUGAGCCACGCGACGAUCAGAUUCCCAUGGACGUCCAAAAAGCACUUAGGGAACGCCAUGCCAGUAUCGCCAGCUAUGACUACCUCGAUCCUAACAACAUUACCGAAACCACCGACAAGUACCUGUUCCAACUCAGCAUCGAGAGUUUCACAGCCAAACGCAAUUCGCGCCAUCCUCCCAACCUUGACUAG